AUGCGCAGCACAGUUUAGCAUUGUUCUUUUUGUUGACUGUACGUGUUGAAACUAAUUUGGAACGGAAAAAAAGAAAAGGGAAGGUUUCUUCCUUUGUCUGAUGGUUUAGUAUACAUAUAAUGAUCUUUAAAUUUGGAACGUACGUUACAGUAGUAGUUAACGUCAAGUCUUGCAUUAUUUCGUGUCGUAAUACGAUGUGUUUUGUUACAACACUUUCUUUUCCGUGUAUUGUCCUUUAUGGUCAUUGUGAACGAAUUGAACGCUAGUGAGCUCUGGUGGAUAAUACAAUAUUUAAACAUAUGGCAACACAGAACAAAACAUUGAAGAAACUGUGGUUGAAGUAGUGCUGGAGUUACGGUAGUGAAUUUAUUGAGGGGUUUUAACCCUUUAAAGAAUCAAUAAAAUGUCAUCUCCAAGUGCAGGGAAACGACGAAUGGACACUGACGUUAUAAAACUAAUUGAAAGCAAACAUGAAGUGACUAUAUUAGGAGGACUUAAUGAAUUCUGCGUUAAAUUUUAUGGACCACGAGGCACCCCAUAUGAAGGUGGGAUUUGGAAAGUCAGAGUUCAUUUACCAGAACAUUAUCCCUUCAAGUCACCUUCUAUUGGAUUCAUGAAUAAGGUAUAUCAUCCAAACAUAGACGAAGUCUCUGGUACUGUGUGCUUAGAUGUUAUCAACCAAGCUUGGACUGCUUUGUAUGAUCUUUCUAAUAUAUUUGAGUCGUUCCUGCCCCAGUUGUUAACGUAUCCAAAUCCUAUUGAUCCUCUCAAUGGAGAUGCUGCUGCCAUGUACUUACAUAAGCCGGAAGAAUACAAGAAGAAAGUGCAAGAGUAUGUAAGAAAAUAUGCAACAGAAGAAGCCCUGCGGGAGCAAGAAAAUCAAGGUGUAUCAUCAGACAGUGAAUCUUCUAUGUCUGAUUUCAGUGAGGAUGAAGCACAAGAUAUGGAAUUAUAACAGUGGCUUACACCUCGAAUAUCCAUAGACACUUGCUACCUGUAGAUACUCUAGCAGCUUAAGCCGAAGUUUGGUGUGAAGUGUGCUCGAUUCAGUGGAUAUUGGUCCUCAUGUCAUGUCCGAUGAAAUGCUUUUUCAAGUGCACUUGCAAUUGGCAGCUAGGCCUAUCCUUCGAUUUGUUAUUAAAAGCACUAAAUUGUCUUAUGUAAUUUUCAUACAUUUUGAAUAAAAUUCAGUAUUUGAGGUAAAUUUGGCCUAGAGUGGUGAAACACAACUAAAUUGUUACAUAUAAAAAUCAUCAUUAACCCUUUGAUUAGUAUAUGCGUACUUUUACAUGUAAAUGGAAGUGUGCUGAACAGUGCAUGUACAUGCAUAUUCUUUGAUUUUGCUAUGGCCAGCAGCCAUGUAUACUUAUAGUUGUUCAGUUCCAUUUUUUCCAUUCUUUAUUAUUUGGUGGAACUAGUAUAUUGUAUAUCUUUUAUAUUUUUUGAAGUAAAACAAAAUGUCAGACAUUAACUGCUUCAAGAAAAUGUGGACAAAUCUUACUACAAAGAAAGUUGUGAAAUUGUUAUGAGUUUUGAAUUGUGCGAUGAAGGUAGUGAUUGUUAGCCUGUUACAUGUUGUGCUGUGAUCAUAUUUGAUUAUCUUUGUUGAAAUUUUAAAAGUGUAGAAACAGAAACAACCCUUAUGCCAUGAAGGCCAAGAAAACAUACGAAUCAAAGGGCUAAUUGUUGACAAUUUUUCACUCUGAAAGAUCAUUCUGUCUGACACCACAGAGUAUGAUUUUACACCAUAUUGUAGAGAUAACUGAAGUUAAUGGUACACACAGGUGUAAGCAUACCAUGUUUGAAAGGGAGAAAUAUGAUGAUAAUGCUGCUGCAGAUUCUACUAAAGGUUGUACUUUUCUCUGUUGCAUUUCAUUACAUGUCAUUCACAUGGAAUUUUAACUCACAACAUGGUUGCCUUAUAGUGAAUUUAUGACUGUAAAUGUGCAUCAGACUAAGCAUUAUUAUGUAACUCUGACGACAUGCACCAUAAUGUAUUAUCUCUUUAAAGAAGAAUUUCUUCCUGUAACUUGAGUGCAUGGCUUAUGAUGGUUAAACAUACCAUAAAUUAAUUUUAAUAUAAUAUAAUACUUGAAUAAUUCAGUUCCUAACCUGUGGAAUGCAGAAGCUGGGUGCUCUGUUACAAUUUGUGCAAAUAUUUGGGAGUGUGUUUGUAACUUAACAUAGAAAAAUAUAUUAUUAUUUAAACAGGUACAUUUGUUGGUCUGUACUUAGUGCAUAAUUUCUGUAAGAGAUGAUUUAUCUUCAAAAUUAACAUCUAAUGUUUAAUAUAAUCCUUCACUCAUAUCUGACAUCUUUGAAUAUUUCUGAGAAGCAACACCUGGAAUGUUAAGAAGAUGAAUGUCUGCAUUUUACUGGAAUAAUUCCUGAUAAUUGUGUCACCACUUCUAAAUGUUGAUUCAUGUAAACUGAAUAUAAUUGUGCAAAAUAGCUCUCAACAAAUGUCUACAGGUUUGGAACUGCCAUAAAAGUCAUGCCAUGCCCAUAAUUCUGUGGUUCAGCCCAUUUUUAUUUUCCUGAUUAGGAUUGUUUAAAUAGAUGUUUUAGUAAUAUAUUUAUAUAUUUUCAAGGUAUGUUAUUAUAAAUGAUAGAUAAUAAAUAUUAUGUAAUAAGGAGUGGCUAGAAAUAUUAACAUUGAAGUCACUACGGACAUGCUAUACUGGACCGAUGUAUAACAUCCAUACUUCAGAAAGAGGUUUUCAGAAUACAUACUUUUGACAGAUACAUAUUUUUACAAAAUAAGUACUCUGCAGAUCUCGUGCGUUCAAUAUGAAGGCAUAUAUAUCAGCUUUAAAUUAUAUGGCUCACAAAGUAAAUGUGCAAAACAUUUUGGCAGUUUAGGUUGUUAAUUUAGUCUUGUAAUGAUUAUCGAUAUUUGGAGCACCAUCCUACCAUCCAUAACCCUUUUAUGCUCUUGAGGUCGGUUCUUUGUCCACUUGUUACUUCACCACAACACCACUGAUCACUCAAUGCAAUGGCCUCUUCUUUUGCCUUCUCUUUACUGCACUUAACAACUGAAAAUUUGCUGACUACUCUAACUUUUUAACUCAUUAACAGACUGCACUGACUGUCUCGCUCAUCUGCUAUGCAGCAAACUUAACAAAUUUCUCACUGUUCUAUUGUGCAUUGAAUUGAACUGAACUGGACUCAUUCAAGAGCUUAACAGCUUUACAGGCAUGGCACCCUGCAAGAAGUUUCUCAUGGUACAUGGUGUGAGAAGAGCAUGCAGGCCAGGCAGUAUGAUACCCACCCAAAUUCAGUGCCUGCGACAGUAGGAUAUAAAUGCACACAAGUGUAUUAGAUGUAUACAUUUUUUAAACUAGCGAGUGCCAUGUUCAAAACACAAACCUUAAUCUUUAAUUCAAUUACAAUGUUGUAAGAUACCUAACACCAGGUUCUGAAUUAUAAUUACCAUUUUGUACUAAUGAAAACUGAUCAGAUUUGUGGACUCAUUGUUGUUUUUUUUUUUUUUUUUAACAGAAGUUAAAAUAAAAAUUGCGAAAGCACAUCUUGAUUUGUCAUUUGAAGUAUUAGUUUGGUCAGAGAAAAGGAUGGUUGUGUACAUUCUCACCUAUUUACAGAGAGCUCACUGAUAAAUUAGAUCAUAUCCAGAUCAGAGAAAUUGUUCAUGAAAUCUGUUGUGCUGUUCUUCCAGAGAAACAGAUGUUUUCCUCUCAAUAUGUAAACCUCAUGAACAGGAAAGUCAUUUGUGCAUAGAGACAUGCUGAUGAGUUAUGGUAGGUGUAGAGACAAAUGAUAGAUACUAGUUACACUAACAAUUUACCAGUCAGAGUUUUAUGUAUAUUUUUCAUUUGUCCAUACUGUGUAAAUUAUAUGUGAUAUGUGAAUGAAAGUUGUAGAAGUAGUUCAUAAAACUUGUCAGUUGUCUUGCAAUCUAAGUUGGUUAACAGAAAAUCAUGUAUAAUAUAAACAAGUGUGUCUUUCACAUUUUGUACAUAGAGUUAGAUUAUAUAUAUGUCUGUACAAAGCUAUCCUAUUUCCAAACAUUAAUUCUGUGAAGAGUAGGAAAAAGAACUUGAAUGUAUAAAAAAUGUGAAAACAAAUACAUAAGAAGAAAUGGACCAUUGCCUGAGUAAGGAGUUAAGAAAAUGUAGAAACAUGUAGACUGUAUCUGAAUGGUGAAACUGUUUGGUUUUUAUUCCUGGUAUUGUUGAAGGUCCUCACUCAGGUAAAAGCCUGUUCCUUUUACUGCAUUUGUAUACAUAAUCAUUAAUUAGUUAUUGACAGUAAAAUGCGUACAUGGAAUCAUUUGUGUACUGUCACUUGUUUCAUGAUGUUUGGAUGGAACCUGUACCCACCCACACUGGUUACAUCACAGUCAUUUUGUGGCUGAUAGUUGCUGCUCCUGCACCUCUACUCUCUUGAAAUUUCACUUGCCUGUUCUGAAUUUCUCACAAUACUAAGUUGGAAGCAUGAAUUGUGAUUAGGCAGCAUGCUCUGGGGCUACGAUAAGAUCUCCAUGUAACAAAUUCAGGAAACCCGAACUUUUGAACUUGGAUAAAUGCAGACAGAUUUUUUUCUUUAACAUCAUCUUAUUUUAAGUAUAUUCAGUUAUUCUAAUUUAAUGACAUUAACUGUGAUUUUUUUAACAUUUAGAAUUCAUAACUUGUACUUUACAAUACAUAAUAGUACGUGAAUUUUUGAUGGACUGGUUGUGGUUCCUUUUUUCUAAGCUGUUCCAGUGCCGGCUAUGUGCAUACACAUGUAAAUGAUGAUGUAAGGUUUCUGUGAAAUGUAUAAUGCACUUAAGACUCAAAAUACAGACCUGGAAGUGAUUGAAAAUUUCAUAAACUGUAGACAUGCUGUAUGUAGGCUAGCAUAAAUUAUUAUUGUAGAAAAAUGUUUCCAACAUUGGAACUUAUUUUCUGCAGCCAGUACCCAGCUACUCUGAGCAAUGUAAUGUUUAGACACUGCUGCUUUGGUAAUGUGUAUUGUAAAAUCACUGCCGUCUACAUAAUUUAUGGUACACGAUCACUGCAAACUCAGCAUCAUAACAUGAGAUAUAAGCAUGGAGGUUGUUAAAGAGAACAAUACGAAAACCUGACACAGAUUUUGAAACAAUGAACCAUUCCUUAAGGAAGAUAUGCAAAACAUUUCUGAAAGAAAUUGAGGAAGAACAAUCUAAUGUUCCCUAAUAUGUUACAAAAUUUGGUGAGCAUGGCAUAAAGCAGUGCUUGUGGCAAGAUGCAACAGUAUUUGCUAAAAUCAAAAAGAAAUUAUUUGUACAGAACUCCAGAAAAGUGUAGCAAAAUACGUUUUCUACAUCAUUCAGAAAAAAAAUGAGUAUUUUAAAUAAAGCCUGUGGCACAGGUAUGUGGAAUAAUCAACAUUGGAGCCAGAAUAGGUUAAGCAAUCAUAAUUGAAGACAGUGAUGAUGUGAUGAAUUACUAAUGUAUGAAGCUCAGAUAAUUCUAAGUAUUUAUUUAUGUGCCAUAAGAGUGGUUUGUGUAUUUCUGUUAUACACCUGGACCAUUUUGAUGCACUGAAUGGUGAAACAACAGUCAUGUUUGGGUCACAUGUAAAGUGUUUCAUGUAUUUAGUGCAUUCACUUCAGUCACAAUAUAAAAAAACAAAUUCACAGUAAAACAGGUUUUCCUUUGAGAGAACACUUUCAAGUUUUUAAAUAUUCUUCUCUGAAUGAAUGAAUAUAUGAGGGGUAGGCCUUCUUGGCCCUUGCACCACGACCUACAGUGGUCUAUUGUGCUUGUCCAUAUGAGCUGUAUGGAAGUAUUAGGAGUUCUUAAUUAGCUGAAUGGCUGAUCCAACUCAAGCACAAAGUGUCCUCCAUGAAAUACUGUGAAGAGACAUUAUGACUAUGCAGUUCUCAGACCACCAGCAUGUUGCUAAAACAACCAAAGGUAGUGUACCUGCUAAAAUUGUAAUAAAUUAAUAAAUUUGUCACAAGGUAAUUAUGUACCUAUCAUUUAAUUAUUACAAACAUUUGGUGCAUGGAGAUAAAAUAUAAAUAUAUUCCUUCUUCCUGGUUUCAUUUUUCAUAAAGAUAUUUUCAGUGCAUGGAGAUAUGUAAGUUAAAGGUUUUAGUGUACAGUGAAGCAGGAACCUGACUUACAUGAGGACCAACCAUUUAAGUGUGGAUAAUGUUAUAGCUAUUCAUAUGGUGUAUUUGAGGUAAUAUCUUAACAAGUCAUAAAUGGAGGCCUGGCCAAAGUACAGCUCAGAAUAUGUGCCUCAUGCCUAAGUUUGCUGUUUGAUCCAUGUUUUUGAAUAUGAAUGCCAAAGUAAAAGUGUUUAAAAAUAUUACUGUCUUCUGGGAUGUCACAUGGUAUAGUUUUGUAGAUGGGUACCAGCUUUUAAGGGGAAUCUGCUGCUUCCAUCUUGCACCCCAGCAGGAAGCAGGUUCCUUUGAACCACUGGUACCAUAUACCAAACUACAUGCCAUCACAUCCUGGAAGACCAAUUUUGAUAUUCCCUAUAGUGAAACUGCAAAUUUCACAUAACAUAAAAAUAUUGGUAUUAAAGGCACAAAAAUGUACAUCGUACACAUUAAUUAUACAACUUCGAAAAUAAUAAUACAGUGUGGAAGAAGUGGUCACAUGCAUUAAUAUCACACAUAAUAUGGUACACUUAACCCUUAACCCCAAUUAUGUUAUAAACAACAAAGUUCUCUUGUAAUUCUCACUUGAAUUUAAUAUAUUUUCUUGAGCUAAACAGUGGGAACUCCUAUUGUAAAUUAAUUGUAAUAGUUUUGUUUAGGCUGUUCUAGCAGAAUAUUUUAAAUCAAACAUUUUACACUGUAUGGUCAUUCUCACUAAUUCGCAUUGUUCUGACACUGCCUGUCACUGUGAUCUCAUAACAGAAAUUGAGAGAGGUAAUCACAGAACCAAAGAAGAUAUUGUAAUUAACCUAGAGUUCUUCCAUCAUAAAGCUUUCUAAAUGCUGGGUGUGCUAACUUCAUAAAAUGGAAUUAUCCAUAUUAAUUUUUGUUUCAUUAGUCCUCCUGUAGUAUUUUUUUCUUUUCCCUUUCUUUGUUAUAGGAGUAGGCUUUUUGGAUACUGUUCACUGUCAGGAUCAAAAAGAUAUAUGACAUUUCACAGGCAUGUUUUGUCUGGCUUCAGGUUUCAGGUGAGAAGAAAAGGCACCUGCUCUGUGGCAUCCAUUUAACAAAGCUAGGCACUGAAGCAGAUCAGAGACAUUAUAUUUUACUUUAAACAGUAUCCUUUUAAAACUGCUCUGUUUUUUAUCCAUAGAGGAAUCGUCUUGCUGUUUUAAAACUCUGUGACGUCCCAUUAAUGAGGGUUGAAUAAGAACUAUUGUGGAAUUGUAUUUGCAGUCGUAAAUUUGAGUUUGAGAGAUUGAUAAUGGAAAAUUGUAAUGAAAGCCUAAUCCAAAAAGACAAUGGAAGAUUUGUACAUAUCAGUUGCUAGUUAAUAGGGAUUGGAAUUAUGUCUCUAAAGUAUGUUACUAAUAUUCAUAACUGAUAUGUAAUAUACAGCCUUCUCAGUUGCUGAUGCUUUAUAUGUGGCUUGUUCAAAUGAAACCCAUUUCAGGAUUUUUCAGGGUAAAGAAGUAGAGACAUUUAAAAUGGUUCGCAUAGUGGUUGACGUAGGCAUUGUAUUGAUGCCAGUUGAUCUAUCACCUCCACAAAAAACUCCCUCAACAGGUAGUGGAACCACUCUACCAUGGCCUUGACUUCAUCUGACCCUAAUCUCUGGCCCUAUCGUGCUUUGAAAGGGCCUGGACACACGGAAGUCACAUGGUGACAGGUCCAAACUGUGUUGGGGAUGCCCCAACACCUUCCAGCUUAUGGAGCAAAGCAGUCUUGGGCAGUGUGAGUGAUAUCGGAUUGUCAUACUGACAUCCAUCAUGAGCGUGCUGGGAUGCUUUCUUGUUUUGUCAAUACAAAGAUCUUAGAGGGUGUCAGAAUAGUGCUGUACAUUGAAGAUAAUGUUAGGUUCUUUAAACACCAGCUUGUUGAUUAUGUUGGAAUGGAUUUACACCUGGAACACUGGCAUCUGAUCAUGUCACACACUGUUCCCACAUGUUUUAAUAGGCCUUACAGAUUUCAUUUGAACAACCCUCAUACAUCUUGGGGAUUUUUUUAUUAUUACCAGAAUGAUACUUAUGUGGCAUAUAUUGCAUCCCAGUUUUACACCACUUAGGAACUGUAUGUGUAUGUAUGUGGUCUAUAUAAUAGUGAAUAUUGGUUUAUAUUGUUUACACUUGUGUGAGAGCUACAGUAAGGUGAGUGUCCUGAUUUUUCAUCAUUUGUAUCUGCAUGGAAGCAGUUACAGAAAUGGAGUUGGAGCAUCCUCCCUCCAUCUGAUAAGUUGCAUUGUUUAAACACUUUGCAUAUAAGGGCCAGAAUGGUUGGUUAUAAUGACAGUAAACAUAAUUUUUCCAGAAUCUCUGCAUGGGUAAUUUUAUGUGAGUGGAUCAUGUGCUAUUUCCAUUAUCAUUGUAUUUUAUUAAGAAAAUUUGUUCCAACUGGGUCAUAUGACAUUUCUGACUUUGAUAUAUAAUUAUGUCUUGUGUGAAGACUAUUCCCAUUCUGCAUAUUAAGAAAAGCCAGAUACAUUGCAUGGUCUUUCUUUCAUGUUCAUAAAAAUGUCCCCUAAAUACAUUUUACAGUAACCAGUCACAUUAAUAGAGAAACAGUAAUAUUUUUUAUUAAUUGAAUGAUAAAGGUGCACAAGUACAUCACACUAUAGAAUAUAUUUCUAAGGUCAAUUCUUAGGGUUUAUGAAAUUUUUUCUUGAUUUCAUUGACUUCAUCAUACUAGUAUGUAUUCAAGAAUAAUCUCUAGUUACCAAUAGUUUUCCUUUGUGGUUUUAAACAAGUUUUAAUUGGCCACCAAACAUCACAGUUAAGUGGACAGCACUCCUGCUUAUGUGGGAGUUCACAGGUUCAAAUCUGAGCCCAAAUAUUGACUAUCUUGUCUGAGGUUUCUAUUGGAUUUCCUUAAUCCUUCCAGGCAAAUACCAGGAUACUACCUCAAAUUACACCAAGAACACUUCUACAUCCUUUCCAAAACAAUUCAUUAUUUCAUAAUCAUAUUAUUUGAUGCUAUAUAGUCUGAGCUACUGCUAGCAUCAUUAAAUAAUAAAUAAGCAAAUACAGCUGGCCUUGGGCAGCAGGAAUUUAACCAUCAGAUGUAUUGAGAGAGCUAAUCCUGCGUUUCUGCUUACAGGACUAAUAUCCAAAAUAAUUAAGAAUGCAAAGAAGUGGAGCUGCUCUCACUAUCAUGUUAAUCACACCGGAUUUAACAGUAAUUUUUUUUUGUGCUUGUGAUAAGUACAAUGUUUAAAUGAGCCCAGAUGUAAGAGCAGUUUUAAUGCAAACUGUGUUCUUUAAUAAAUUUGGAGAACUACUGCAAAAUUAAAUGUUUUUAUGUACUAAUAUUUUGCAUUGGUAUGCUUUAAAUGAAUGGUCAGAUCUCAAUGAGAAAUUGUUCUAAUAGUAUGAUGUCAGUAAAAGUAUUCAAGGAGACAGUAGUUUAUUUCCAACACUUUGUUGGAAGCUGUAUGCAGUGAGUUAAUGCUUAUAGUCUUGUAAGAUAAAAAUUAUAUAUUACUGCUUAUAUGAGCAUAUUUGUAAUAAUCUUAUAAAACUAAUGAAUCGUAAUUGAAAAUAAGAUGAAUGCAUGCAAAAUCAUGAGUACUGCAAUAAUUCUUAUAACCAUAUUAUGCAUGUAUUAUGAACUGCUAGCAGCUUUAGUUGUAUUAAACUCUGAGGAGUAGAUUAUCUGUUUCCUUUAUUUGAACUAUAAACAGUUUGAAAUAUCUCAGAUAUGUGUAUGUGGAAUUACAGAAUGAAACUCUGUCAGCAGUGUGUGGCUGGUAGCUUAAACACUGCAUGCAGUUUGUACCAUUGCACUCGCAUAAUAAUAAACAUGAGCAUAUGGUGUAUUUUUUAACUGUGAGUGUAUUACAUAGAAAUCCACUUUAUGGUGUUCAUAAGACAUUUGCUUGAUCUGUAAUUACUGAGCAAAAUUUAACAUACAAAUUUAUUGAAGUUUA